AAGAAUCAGCUGUUUUAAAUCUCGAUUGCAGUGAAAUAUAACCGAUUAACAAACAGAUCGAGAAAUCCGCUUCCGCGAAUGGUGUCGCCACAGGGAAUAUUAAAGUUUCUGACAUCGACCAGGAUAAGGAGUACUCCCGAAGCGGCACGCAACAAGUCACGCGAAUCAAGCUGUUAAAGCUAAGUAUUUAUCAAAUAUGGCAUCUAAAUCUUUACGGUCAAUGGGAGAUCGUGAAUCAUUGAAUAAUAAGGCAAAACUAACAGAUGAAGACAUUGUCAUGGUGAUUGACCAAGUUCUUAAUAUACCACACAUACACUGCCUAUCAUGCGCUUGUGGACAUCCGUUCAUGUAUCAUCUCCCGUUCCUAUACAUGAUACUUAAACUCUACAAAAGUGACGAAAGGCUUCAAAAUUUCCCGUCUAAAAUGAUUAACCAGCAAGACACAGAAAACUUAAUGUAUUCUCCACAGUACUUCAUGGGCGACCACAAUUUCGGACUUGAUGACACAAUAACAGAGAGGAUGUACUCGAUCCACGAUAUGUUUCAAUCUAGUCCCGGUCUGUGUGAAGACUUAGAACCUAGUUUCAACCACACUUUAAACGCUCCAUCAGCGGACAACCAGCUGACGCCAUUAGAUGACUUAGACCUGCGGGACAUAAUAUCAGACAUGUCUUUCAAGUAUAAAAAUGUGUACGAUUGGAAUCCAUCUGACGUCAUCAAUUGGCUUUAUUGGUGGAUCGCAGAAAACAAAGUGGAGGCUAUAGACGUAAACGUGCCUGGUUUUACCAGUCUCUGUGGGAGAGACCUGGAAAAAAUGGAUAAUUAUGAUUUUAUACGGUUAGAUCCACAAUAUGGCCAAAGGAUAUACGAGGCAUUGCAGUACUUUAUGUUCUAUCAUCAUAGUGCCCGAAACGAAAAUGUGAUGUCAGUACGACCAUUUCACCAAGAUCAACAUCAGCUUGCUCCUUGGCCAGGUCAAGGGUCAGAAUCUUGGCAACACAUUCGGUGCCAUGAUAUUCCUGGUCCAAGUUCAUAUUCAUGCACAGAUUCUGAUCGUGAGAGUACCAGUAGCGCCACAAGCUGCUUCAGCACGGUGAAUGAAAAACAAGUAAACUCUGUUCAUUUUAUACCUUCCAUUACCUCCGUCCAAAAACCGAUUCCCAUGGUGAUGAAAAAGACUGGAACUGGGAGAAGAGGGAGGCCACCUAAGAAGGAUGCCAAAUCAAGGAACAGACAAGGAAAAGGUCACGGAAAACUUUGGGAGUUUAUCCGGGACUUGUUGCUGAAUCCUUUGUACAACCCAACAUAUAUCCGGUGGGAGAGACGUGAGGAAGGAAUAUUCAAGUUCGUACAAUCGGAUAAAGUCGCCAAACUGUGGGGAGAACGAAAACAGAACACAAGUAUGACGUAUGAAAAGCUGAGCAGAGCAAUGAGGACCUACUACAAUGUCGGCAUUUUGGCACCAGUUCCUAAGAACGAAGGUCUUCCUAAGAAACUUGUUUACAAGUUUGGUCCUCGAGCUUCAGGGUGGCGACAGCCUAACUGCAUGGUCUGAUGUCACUUUUUUGGUGGUGGUGGUGGUGGUGAUGAUGCUCGUCUUUGGGGUCUUUCCUUUAAUGACACUGUUGUACUAACUAAAAUAUAAAAAACAUAAAAUAAUAUAAUUUGCUAGAAGCAUGAAUAUUUUUGUAUCUGUAUUUUCUCUAUCUUCUUUAAAAUUAACAUUUUUUUGUUUACUUGAGGUGGUGAUUAGAGCACUAGAAGAGAGUGGGCAAAUGUAACUAAAACUCGCAAUUCCCGCCUACUCAGGCCUGCUUCCGACAUUUGUUUUGUAAGUGUAUAUGUUUCAUAGUCUUCAGCUGAUGCUUCCUGGAAGUGUAAACAUGGUCAUGUUUUCAUAUAAGUUUGCUUAAGGCUUAAUUAACAUGGAACCCAUGGUUAAUGUUGUCAUCUAUUAUGUGGUGCUUGAAAGUUCCUUUAACAGAGUAUACCAAUAUUGAAAGCCUACUUAAUUAAAUUCUUGACGAAGACAUAUUGAACAUAUUAACAUAGUUAAAGGCCAAAGAGUGAUUCCAAUCUAAUAUCUAUAAAAUAAUUUUAAUUCCUGUAACUGAACAAUGAUUUUGAAGUGUUAUAACAAUUUGUGAUGUUUAAUAUUCAGAAAGUUUUAAUAUUUUAUUAAAAUUCAUAUACGAUUUUUCUAUACAGAUCCUUAUUGGUAACUUUCAUUGUGUAGCAUUAAUUCUAUUUCUUCGAAACAAUCAAAGAAGUAAAACAUGAGGUCCACUCUUAUCCAGUAAAGUACAGAUACAUGCAAAAAAAAAGUAAAGAACACAGAAUUGAAUUCGAAGGAUAAUUGCAAUUGAGUUUUCCGUCAAGUACACACCAGAAUUCACCCAGAUCUUGUUAUAUAUUAUCUGAGGUACCCGUUAAGGAAGCAAAAAUUAUAAAUGACAGGGUUUAAAUAAUGAUCCUCUUCCUUCUGUUUUCUCUAAUUGAAUCACAGAGAUCUCAUUAGAUGCUAGUUGUAUACCUUACUUUAUGGAAGGGAAUAACUGACUAUUUAACUGAUUAAGUACUUUAAAUUUAAAGCCAAAAGUCUGUCCACAAAAACUGUAAAUGUGCUCUAUUUCAUAGGCUUUGUUUUAUUACUGUACUUGGUAAAAUACCUAAAUCAAAACAGUAAGCGAACCAUUCAACUCUGUGCGGUGGAUGCUAACAAACACACAAUGGAUCAGUUUCAUGAUGAUAUUGUAUACCAAUAUAUUAUAUUAGACUUUAUUAGUUUAAUUGUUUGUUUUUCUUAUACAGUUGUAGUAAGCGCGCAUAAAUAUACUUUGGAUUGGAGCUACUGUUUAGAUAAGUCUAAUUAUUGUUGGAAUAAUUUUGUAAAACAAAUUGAUUCCACUCAAUAAAUGACGUAACGUGAUAACAGAUUUCAGUGAAGGGUCAUGUUAAAUAGAGGUUACAUCUUUUUUGUCCCCUGGUGGAACAGCGGUAAGUCUUCGGAUUUACAGUCCUGGAAUAAGGGGUUCGAUUCCUCUCUGUGGACACAGGAGAUAUCCCGAUGUGGCUUUGAUAUAAGAAAACACACACAUCUUUGUUACUGAAGGGAUGCUUACUUGGUGGUUACAACAUUACUAAUGAAGGGACACGUUGGAUGGUGGCUACAGCUUUACUUGGUAGUUCGAGCCUUACUAAAGAAGGGACGCAUUGCUUGGUGGUCACAGUCUUACCAAAGAAGGGACGCGUUGCUUGGUAGUUACAGUCUUACCAAAGAAGGGACGCGUUGCUUGGUAGUUACAGCUUUACUAAGAAAGAGACGCUUUACUUGGUGGUUAUAGCCUUACUAAUGAAGGGACGCGUUGCUUAGUGGUUACAGCUUUACUUGGUGGUUACAGCCUUAGUAAUGAAGGGAUUCGUUGGUCGGUGGACAUUGCGUUCCUUUCCAGAUGAAGGGACAUGCUAAUCUGUUGUGCUCUCAGAAUCUAGGAACGUUUGUUUUUACCCUCCAGUUCUUGGUAAAACUAAUUCCAAUGAAAGGUUAUAAGGAUACCUCAUAUUUUCAAAGUUAAUAAUUUCGGAUAACAAAAAUAAUCGGCAAUUUUCUUCUAAAAUUCGUUUUAUUUGUUAAAAAUACUAGAAAGCAGCAGUUAGUUAUGGGUAUUCAUAGUGCUAAAAACAGUCUGUGUGUGGAUGAGAUGAACAUCCAUAUUGCAUUCUGAGUAUUGAAAACAUUUAAGAGAAAACAGAAGGACUGUGAAGAUUGGAGAAAUAUAUUGUCAAAUUAGUGCUUUUCGUGGAUUAUCUGGUGGCUGAGCACUUUGCUUCCUUAGCAAACUUUUUUUUUUUCACAAACACCUCAUCUGUUACUAGACGUGGCACUGAAAUCCAAGGUUACUUAUAUCGUGAUUGUCCAGUUUUGUUUUCCAAAUCGUGAUUCCUGGUCAUUCACGUAGAUGACACUUGUAAUUUGAGUAUCAUGCAAUUGAUGCUCUAGUAUAGUAUGGAUAUCACCAGAAACCUAAUUAUACAUGUACAUUGUUCUCGUACUGUAUAAUUGAGUGUGAUACUUGCAUGUCUUUUGUUUGAUCUUUUAUUACAAUCGAAACAAUAAAAAUAGGCCUAUAAGAGUAUCAACAUUUGUUUUGUUGGUAUUUCGCAAAUGAUUUUAAAGGACUGUACAUUUGUAAAUAUUUUUGUGUAUUUUUUUUUUUUUUUACACAAGAAGUCAAGUCAUAGUUAGUAUUUUACUUUUGUAGCGUAAGUGAGAAAGGUUUAACACACGAUUGUUUUUUAUACCAUGAGAAGUUUAACAUAGUAUAAAUAUCUCGUGUUAACACAACAACCAAAACAAGUCCUGAUCUCAUUUACCGUUAAUUAUCUAGUUCGUUAAGUAGUCAACAUAAGUUCCAUAUUUGAGGAUGUGUUUGAAGCAAGAACGUGUUUUUUAAUGUUCAUAUAAAUGUUUUUGAGAAUCGUUGGAUGAUUACUAACGUCUGCAAUUAUUCUUGGUACUAAGUGUUACUUUCUCAUCACACUUGUAUCGAUACUACAGUUUAUUUUUUAAGUAAAUGUUUUUAUUUUAACUUUUAUUGUUGGUUAUGGGAAAAAUUAAUUUUCAGGCUUGUGUUUUCAUAAUUAUAAUAUUGUAAUUAUUUAAAUAUGUAAUACUGUAACCAGCAUAUUAUUUUCAUAUAAUAAUAAUAUUGAUUUUAACUUUUUUUUUGUUAUAGCUUGAAUGUAUGUUGAUUUAUUUUGUACAUGGUAAGGUUUACAUUCCAGACUGUUAUGUACGCAGACCACAUGCUUUGUUAAUACAUAGUUUUUGUAUUUA